CACUCCCACACCUGUUUCAGGCCCAAGACCUGGAUGGCCUAUAUUGUGUCCUUGGAGCAGCCUCCCAAGGGCUCUGUGUCUCUGUCCAACACGCCUCCCCUCCUCACCCGCACCAUGUGGAGGCACGAGCUUCUGAAAGCCUAACCCUGCUGCUCUGCUCACAACUUCCACUGGCUCUCUUUGGGGAACUGAAUGCCUCUGUGUCUUGACCUUUUCACUAACUGGUGUAGGGUGGUUGUCUGGGCUUCACCCCUGAAGCACCGCCCCAGUAGGCAGCAGGUAACUGUGCAGAGGUGGGGACCCCUUAAGACCUGCAAUACAUCCGUGCUCAUUCUGUUGGCUACCUCAUGAUCCUGGAUCCUGGACGCUGGACCGCAGACCAGGUCAGAGUUCUCCAGAGAGGCGUGUUGGACUGCGCCUCACCUCUCCUGAUCCCGUAACUGACCCCCUGGGCUUGCUGUAAGUUGACUCAAAAUAAACCCCUUUUGACUAUCAGAUAAACUGCGUGGAAUUGCCUCCUUAAUUGCCACUAUAAACUGGUGCCAACAUGUCCUUUCAGCCUGCCACACAACCUCCCCUGCACUGAUGCCAAGUCUCUGGAUGCCCCAUGUGGUAGAAUGGUGUCCUGACUGUAUCCCUCAAGACUCCCUGCAGAUAGCAUCCUACGGUGGGUCUCCCUGACCCAUCCCGGAAAGGCCGUCCUGUGUCCUCACAGUGUCUCCCGUAGAUAACUAUCAGGGUCUGAGUUUGGCAUCACACUGGAGAAGCCUUGAGCCACUCUGUCUAAAAUGUUAAAAGAAAUGCUCCCUUCUGACGUUAGUGACUUGGGAGCCACCCACAGACUUGGUGUCUAACUCAUACACGGGUGACCGCAACUGUGGCCCUGGCCCUUGGGUGCCCACACAUAUGACUCUGAGGAAAGUCCCUGAGCUUGUGACGUCAGCUGGGAUUGAGAAAUGGAAGAAACAAACACUAAUGGUGGCUGAUGGGGUAGUUAGUGGCCACUGUGGCUGGAAAGUGCUAACAACACAAUGCAAUGAAGCACACAUCCCACCUUGGGUGGCCACACCUCAUGGCCUGGACUUUGCCUGACCUGGGUAGGCAAGUGAAGCAGGCCGUGCCCUGCAAGCCAGAGGUGCCAGGGCUUGCUCAUUCAGUUCCAGCCACAGCCACUGUGCCCAGGAUGACCUGGGAGCUGCUGUACCUGCUGCUUCUGCUGGGGCUGGGACUCAGGUCCCAGGAGGCCCUACCGCCACCCUGUGAGAGCCAGAUAUACUGCCAUGGGGAGCUCCUUCACCAAGUUCAGAUGGCAAAGCUCUACCAAGAUGACAAGCAGUUUGUGGAUAUGCCGCUGACCACAUCUCCAGAGGAAGUCCUGCAGAGAUUCAGCGAGCUGGCCAUGGCGUACAACCACAGCAUCCCCAGGGAACAGCUUCAGGAGUUUGUCCAGAGUAACUUCCAGCCCGUGGGACAGGAGCUGCAGUCCUGGAUCCCAGAAGACUGGAAAGACAGGUACCACUCUGGAGAGAAGACAGGGACAGGGUCCCUCUCUUGGGGCUGCCUCCAUGAACCCUGUGGGGUCAUCUUUUCUAGCCCUCAGUUCCUGCAAAAGAUCUCAGAUGCCAAGCUGCGUGCCUGGGCGGAGCAACUGCACCAGAUCUGGAAAAAGCUGGGAAAGAAGAUGAAGCCAGAAGUUCUCACCCACCCCGAGAGGUUCUCCCUGAUCUACUCAGAACACCCCUUCAUUGUGCCUGGAGGGCGUUUCGUCGAAUUCUACUACUGGGACUCCUACUGGGUGAUGGAAGGUCUGCUUCUCUCCGAGAUGGCCUCAACGGUGAAGGGCAUGCUACAGAACUUUCUGGAUCUGGUGAAGACCUACGGACAUAUCCCUAAUGGUGGACGUGUGUAUUACCUGCAACGGAGCCAACCCCCACUCCUGACUCUCAUGAUGGAGCUAUACGUGACUCACACCCAGGAUGUCAGCUUUCUGCAGGAGAACAUCGGAACCCUAGCCUCGGAACUGGACUUCUGGGCUGUGAACAGAACUGUCUCUGUGAGCUCAGGAGGGCAAAGCUAUGCCUUGAACCGUUACUAUGUCCCUUAUGGGGGACCCAGGCCAGAGUCCUACAGCAAGGAUGAGGAGCUGGCGAACACUGUGCCAGAAGGGGACCGAGAGACUCUGUGGACUGAGCUUAAGGCUGGGGCUGAGUCUGGCUGGGACUUCUCUUCACGCUGGCUUGUCGGAGGCCCAAACCCGGAUUUGCUUAGCAGCAUCCGAACCAGCAAAAUGGUACCCGUCGACCUGAAUGCUUUCCUGUGCCAAGCAGAGGAGCUGAUGAGUAACUUCUACUCUAGACUAGGGAAUGACACCCAGGCCACAAAGUACAGAAACCUGCGGUCCCAGCGCUUGGCCGCCAUGGAGGCCAUCCUGUGGGACGAGCAGAAGGGAGCCUGGUUCGACUAUGACUUGGAAAAAGGGAAGAAGAACCUGGAGUUUUAUCCCUCCAACCUCACCCCACUCUGGGCUGGCUGCUUCUCAGACCCUAGCGUCAUUGACAAGGCUCUGAAAUACCUAGAGGACAGCCAGAUCUUGACCUACCAGAAUGGGAUCCCGACUUCUCUUCGCAACACAGGCCAGCAGUGGGAUUUCCCUAAUGCCUGGGCCCCCCUGCAGGACCUGGUCAUCAGAGGUUUGGCCAAGUCAGCAUCCCCACGGACUCAGGAGGUGGCUUUCCAGCUCGCCCAGAAUUGGAUCAGGACCAACUUCAAAGUCUACUCCCAAAUGUCAGCGAUGUAUGAGAAGUAUGACAUGAGCAACGGUGGACAUCCAGGUGGAGGAGGGGAGUAUGAAGUUCAGGAAGGAUUUGGUUGGACCAACGGAGCGGCUCUGGUGCUUCUGGACCGCUAUGGUGACCAGCUGACUUCAGGGACCCAGUUGGCUUCCCUGGGACUCCACUCCCUGGUAGCUGCCCUUCUUGUCAGCCUUCUGCUAUGGUGACCACAAGGAACAAGAAUGGCCUCACUGUGGGAACUUCCUCCACUGGCUCCACCCCUCCCUUCUCCUGCCUCACCCCCCCCCCCCCC